GUCGCUCAAUGCAACAGUCCAGGCUGUGAGAGAGGAGCAGACAGCAGCAGCAGCUGAUCCAGGGAGCUGUAACUCCAGGAAGAGCUGCGAGGAGGCCCAUCCAAGGCAGCUGAAGGCUCCACUUCCUCGGGUGGACAGACAGAACGCGCAUCCAUGGCAUCACCCGAGCUCGCCAGUGCUGAAGACUCUUCCACUCGCAACCCUAACUCAGGAAAGGAGGAUGGUUCUGUUUCCGGCACAAAGAAAACCUGUCCUGUCCACGCCCCCGCCGGAGAGGAGGCGAAGAGGAGUUUUCGGAAAGGGAUCGCCCGUCACAACGACUACGUGAAGAUCUCUGUGCCGGAGUCCAAAGUCAGCCGUCUCCCCACAGAGUGGUGGAAGACAGCGAUCGCUUUCUUUUAUGCAGCUUUUAACCUGGUCUUGACCACAGUCGUCAUCACAGUGGUGCACGAGCGCGUCCCUCCCAAAGAGAGCAGCCCUCCUCUUCCGGAUAAGUUUUUUGACUACAUCGACAGAGUCAAGUGGGCUUUUACAGUGACAGAGGUCAACGGGAUGGUUCUGGUGGCCAUCUGGUUGGUCCAGCUCUUCUUCUUUAAAUACAAGUCCAUAGCCUGCAGACGGUUCUUCUUCCUCAUCGGCACCUUGUACUUGUACCGCUGUGUGACCAUGUACGUCACCACCCUGCCUGUCCCUGGCAUGCACAUGAACUGUGCUCCAAAGCUCCAGGGAGACACCCAGGCGAAAAUCCAGCGCAUUCUGCAGCUCAUUUCAGGGGCCGGCCUCUCCAUAAACAACUCCCACCUGCUGUGCGGAGACUUCCUCUACAGCGGACACACGGUGAUGCUCACCCUCACUUACCUUUUCAUCAAAGAGUACUCUCCAAAGUCCUUCUGGUGGUACCAUCUCGUGUGCUGGCUGCUGAGCGCCGUGGGCGUGCUCUGCAUCCUGGUGGCUCAUGAGCACUACACUGUGGACGUGGUCGUGGCCUAUUUCAUCACCUCCAGGCUCUUCUGGUGGUACCACACCAUGGCCAACCUGCAGAUUCUGAAGUGCUCGCCCAACAACUACCUCACCAACACCUGGUGGAACCCCCUGUUUAACUUCUUCGAGAGGAACGUGCAAACGUCGGUGCCGUGCUCCUACAGCUGGCCCAUUACCUGGGCCUCCGCCUGCCUCAAGAACCCCUGCAAGAAGUACUCCAUGGUGCAGAGCUCACGAGAAGAGUGACCGCGCCUCGUCUUGCUCCCUGAUCCUCCCGGGCACAAACCAAAAGGCGCUCUGGUCAAAGAAAGAUUCCAGCUGGAGGAAAGAAAGAGUCUCUGUUUCUUGCCACUGUGAUUUAUUUAUGAAAUAAAGUGCUGAAAAUUGUCCGUUUUUGUAGACGACACCUCUGUCCGGUCUGUUUGCUGUACCUGAUCUGUAUGUCCUCCAUGCUAAGUAUUUGAAUUAUCAGUGUAUCUAAGCCACAAGGUGCCUUAGUGUGGUAACAUGUAGAUGUAUCGAAGCUGCCAUGACCUGUAACUCAGUCUAUUUUUAUGUGCUAUGAUAUCAUUUGUUUUGUAUUAGUUUCAGCAGUCUGAGCUUCCAAACUAGCCUCAACAUUGUAUUAAAAUGAAAGCAAACCAAA